GAGGCAACAAAUUUCAAAUAGCAAAGCACACGGAAUCAUUUACUACAUACACACGCUGCGUUUCAUAGUUAAGUGAAAAAAUUCUAUAUAUAUUUUUGAGACACGAAAGAGGUAGUGGUAUAAGAAAAGCGAGCCGUAAGAGCUGCGAGAAGAGUGAGAAGUCAAACAACAAUGCCAACGUCAAUGCCAUGCGUGACACGAGCUGGUCGAUCAUUGCAUCCCGAUUGUUAUGAUCGACUUGGCCGCAAGAUCGGUCUUGAAUUGGAGCGUGGAAAGCGUCCGAUGAAAGCGCUGCCCUCGAAUCAGCACGAAAAGAAGCAACUUCGUCUUCGCAUCUGUGAGAAGCAACAACAGGAGGCGUUGUUGCAGCAACAACGUGCCGUUGGCUUUCAAUUGUCCAGCGGUCCUGGCUCCAAGUCCCUGCAAAAGCCACGUGCCCUACCGCCCGGCACAGUGGCGCCACCUGCAGCCCGAAUCCCGUUACGCCGCCAGGAGAAGCCCUUGAAGCGUAAAGGACGCGGCGGUGAAGCAACAUACUUUCAUGUGCUCGGCCAGCCCUGGGAAUCCAAGGGCUUCGCCGAGCUCGACAAGGAGGACGUGGAACGCAUGAAGGCCGCACGUCCUCCCACUGCCGAGGAAUUGCUGGCCGAACAAGAGCGACACCAAGAAGAAGAGCGUCUCAAUAAAGAGGAAGAGGAUCGCGUACGCAGCUAUUACCAUGAGAUCGAUGAGGCUCGCAGGGAGCGGGAACUCGAAGUCCAGCGACAAAUCGAUGCCGAAGCCGAUGGCGAUGACGAGGAGAAGGCAGCCGAGGCAAGGCGUCUGAUGGUGCUGCACAAAUCUUUACAGGCCCGACAUGCCACAGACGAGCGUGUCCAGACGGCAAUCCGUGCCAUUGGAGCGGCCAAGUGCAGUGCGAUGUGGACGGCGCAGAUUGAGGAGCGUGCGAUGAUGGAGCGCUUGCAGGAGCAGCAUGACGUGGAGCAGGCACGCAAGGAUACGGCGUUCAACGAGUCCAAGUGGGGAUCGCUGCCGCAUCAGGAGCUGCUGGCGCACAACAAGCGCCUGGAAUUUGGCGCUGCUGUGCGUCAGCAGAUCAAUGAUCGUCGGCAGCUACGUCAUCUGGCCGAGGAGCGACGUCGUGAUGAGUCGCGACAGAUGCGCGAUGCCUACGAUGAAUAUAAGCGCUUUCAAAUGGAUCAAUCUGUGGCGAAUGGCCAGAGAAAGACACACUAUCGCAAGGAGCUCUUUCAUUAUAUUCAACUACAUCAGGACUUUGGACGUUUGCUCUGCGAGCAGGAGCGUCGUGAUGAGCUGCGAGCCAACGAGUAUGUCCUUAAAAAGGAGCAACAGCGACUGGAGCAGCGACAGCAAAAGGCGGCCGUGGAGGCGGACAAGGCACGCAAGCGGGAUGCCCUCUAUGUCAUACAACAGAAGAUCCUCGACGCCAAGGAUAAUCGCGAGGAGAUGCGCUUGCUUGCCGAGCACGAGCGUCUCGAGCGCAAAUACCGCCUCGAGGAGCGUCAGGCUGUGGAGCAUCGUCGUCGUCUGGUCGCCGAGCUGCGUCAUGGCAAUCGUCAGGCCAUGGAGCAGCUGAACAAACUGAAGGCCUGUUACUACACACAACGUCAGCGAGAAAUGGAUGAGGUGAAGGAGGAGCGUGCUCGCUACGAGCAACAGCGAAAGGUCGAGCAGGAGCAGAAAUUGGGCAGGAAACUAAGUCUCUAUCAGGGAGUCACGGCCCAAAUGGAGGAGCAUGAGCGUGCCCGACGUCGCAAUCUUGAAGAGGAGCGCGUCGAGAGCGAAAAAGCCCGUGCCAUGGAGGAGCAGCGUCAAAAGGAGAUCGACAUGGUCAUCAGUGUGAAACUGGAUGAAUUGGCCAAGAAACGUUGCUUGCCACAAAAUGCUCUGCAGUCUCUGACUGGACGUGUUGCCAAUGCUGCCCACAAGAAGCUAUCCAAUCAUUUCCAACCCUAAAAGAAGAGCAGAAGCAGCAGCUAGGAUUGAAGUGGAGCGGUUUGAAAAGUGGUGCAGGUGGAGGUAGAAGAAGUUGCUCUUCAAUGUGUGUUAUUUGUUCUGUUUGUAGAGUUUGUUGUUGUUGUUGUUAUUUGGUUUUGUGGAGUGGCAACAAUACACUACACUACACAAUUGAUGGCGGUGGCAUACACACACACAAACAAACAAACACACACACACACACCAACACACACACGAAGCGCGGCAUUAAAUCUUGAAGCAUACUUUGCGGCGACA